UUCCGUCCUGAUGAAAAUAUCAAAGUGUGCAGUGUCCUUGUAUUCUGUCACAGAGCGGAGGUAUAGCAGCCAGUGGCGAAGCGUCAGCGGAGCAGAGAGGGCAGACUGUCCGGCCUGGAGUGUCACUGUCCUCGGCCGUCAGGAACCAUAAGGUCCCCCCUCUGACUGACUGAUCCCCGGCUUGUGGAGCCGCUUUCUCCUUGGAUGACCUACACGCAACCUCUCGCAGGAGCAGCGGACGUCGGUUCAUUACAGCUGAACACCUGCUGGUCAGGAGGUGCAGCGGGGUGCGUAUUAAUACACAGCGGGCAACAAGUCAGACGGCUGCGUUGCAGGCUUCAGGCCGACUGUGGAGCAGCUGACCUGGGGAGCAAAACACGGCACGCUGCCAAAUUCUGUCCCCCAUCGUGGCUGCGUCAGGAGGAGCGGACAGAGGACUGGAAGUUACACAGCUGACAAUCAAUGCGUACACCUGAUCAUUUGAGCACGCAGACAGGAAUAUCUUGGCGUUCACAUGAUGUACACAAUCACCAGAGGUCCCAGCAAACUUGUUACACAACGGAGGACAGGUCCCACACAACAGAUCGAGAGCAAAUUCAGCGACUUGAAGCUAAAGCCGACGUCUUGGCUCUCAACAAACUCUCCGCCCCCAAAGAUCGUGUUCAAUCGUCUGAACGGGAAGCGCUACCACGGUGCAGCCACACAGAAAACCGCCAGCCCGGCAGAGGGAUUCACUCCUGCACAUGAAGAGAACGUCAGAUUUGUGUAUGAAGCAUGGCAGGAGGUGGAGAGGAAGCUGGGGGACAGGGACAAUGGGGAGUCAUCUGACAGCCAGGCGCCCAUUCAGUACACUGAGAAGACUCCCGGUGCUGCGAUGAAGAACUUUGUGCCCAUAGAUCUGGAGGAGUGGUGGGCCCAGCGCUUCCUUGCCAACAUUGCCAACCUGUCAUGACUGGGUGAGGCUUUGAGCCAAGACAGGAAGCACCGCGCUGAUGCUCCACAGUGAGGGCGUCGUAAGGGUGAAGAGGAGGCGAAGCGAGUCUCCGAGACUUGCGGUGCGAAAAGGUCGCGUGUAAUUUGGAAUCUGAUUCGAUGCCCUGCGCUUCACGCUGCUGUAGAGAGAGAAGAAACACUGGGUGCACAACACAAACCCUCUGACAGCGCUGACGUGAUUGUGCUGCUACAAAGGACCCGCCUCUACUUGAAUGACGUAUCGGAUAGAAGUUGUGAGAACCCUGCCUCCUUUCUCAAGUGUUCUCGGCUGUAUGUACAUCUUGGCUGAUCUUUGGAUAUAAAUCUGUUGAAAAGCAAAAAAAGUAAAAUGUUUUUCAAAAAUUUCUUGUCUGAUGGAAUUUGUAAUUAGGAAAUAUUUUAGUGAAUUUUUUGUCCCUAUGAGGCACAUUUAUGAUCAUGAUAAUACCUGGCUGGGUUGUAAGAUUAUUUUUAUACCAUCACAUACAUAAAUUGUGUGAAAUUUACAGAGCAAGACGAGAGUGAAUCAAAGCUAAGGAACCGUUUGCGACAGUGAACCAUAGUAACAUUUACCAUUUUUUAAUUUUCACAUUUUCACACUGGGUUCAUAAUACAACAUUUCAAACAAACUUAAAUUAUAAAACUUUUCCUGAGGAAAUAUUUGUAUUUUUACAUAGUUUUAAACAAACUGGUAAAAGUCCUUCUGGUACCAGCUAUCCAAGAACAACUGUUCUCAUGGCUUCUUCUGCUUCAAGUUAUUGUCACACAAAAGCACUUAAUAAAACCUGCCGCCUCUCA